AUUAUUUCCAAGGACAAAGCGCUCUCUCUAUCUCUCUCAUACACACACUCUCUCUCUCUCUCUCUCUCUCUUCUUCGCAUCGCAAUCCUUCAGGUCUGAAAGCCCUCAAUCAUCGCCAACACACUUGAGUUUUGUUUACGAGAGAUAGAGGCGAAUUCUCAUCUGGGUUUUCUUUCGCCGGAAUCUCUGCUUACAGCUGGCCUAAUUCUAUCACACUUAUCGGGGAAGUUGAAAAAUUUGUAGCACAUAACAGCUAAAUUGUUCUUGGUAGCAAAAUUUGACCAAGGACAUCAUUCCUUUAUAUCCAUGGCUACUAACGAAAAUCUGCCACCAAACGUGAUCAAGCAACUUGCAAAGGAAUUGAAGAGUCUUGACGAAUCCCCUCCUGAAGGCAUUAAAGUUUGCGUGAAUGAUGACGACUUUUCAAUCAUAUUUGCUGAUAUUGAAGGGCCAGCUGGCACUCCUUACGAGAAUGGUGUUUUUCGCAUGAAGUUGUUGUUAUCUCAUGACUUUCCACACUCUCCCCCCAAAGGUUACUUUCUGACUAGGAUUUUCCAUCCAAACAUUGCAAAUAAUGGUGAGAUUUGUGUGAAUACGUUAAAAAAAGAUUGGAAUCCAAGUCUUGGAUUACGACAUGUUCUCAUUGUGGUUAGAUGUCUGUUGAUUGAACCAUUUCCAGAAUCAGCCUUAAAUGAACAAGCAGGGAAGAUGCUGCUUGAGAAUUAUGAGGAAUAUGCAAGACAUGCCAGGCUUUAUACCGGAAUACAUGCCAAGCCAAAACCCAAGUUUAAAACAGGAGCUAUUUCUGAGUCUACUACUGCACUGAAUGUUGACCAAUCUAACACCUCGGCACUUAAUGCUGAUCAAAAGAUCACAGCAGGUGGUCCUGCUUUGCCACUGCCAUCCCCAUCCCCAACCCCAUCCCCAUCCGUACUGGUCCCUGUGACAGUCACUGCAAGAGGACUUGGCCAGGAUCAGCCGGCUGUUGUAGCUGCUGCAGUGGAGACGAGAGUUGGUGGGGCUGCUCCAUCAACUGUAGCAAGUAGUACGACACUGAAAAAGGAAGCUGGCUUGAUAAAAGCACAGGCAGAAAAGAAGAAAAUCGAUGCAAGAAAGAAAAGUCUGAAGAGAUUAUGAAGUUUCCAGGGGAAAAUGGUUGAGUUUGCUAGCACGCAGUUUGGUGACUUGUCUGUUGUGUGCUUAGUGUUGGAUGGGGAGGGGAGGGGUCAAAAGAUCAAAUGUCAAAAUAUGUGGGCUGAGCAGUGUGUGGUGUUGUAAGAAAUACUUGCAUUGGGAAAAAGUUGUGAAUUGAAUUUACCAGUAUUAUUAUGUCUUCAUCUUCUUUUUUUCUUUGCACUCCAACAUUACUUCACAUUGUUGUGGCAAGACCAUGGGAUUUACAUUUCAUGUUUGGCAAGGUCUUCAAGACUCGAUUCCUAUAUAACCUCUAUUUCUCUUCCAA